AUGUGGGACUUGAUUGAUAUCUCAACAACUGGUAUCAGAGCCUUGAAGAUCAGAAGAGCGUUAGAGAAAGAGCAACCAGUGCUGAUUGAUGAUGACGAAUGGACAGAUAUGCAAGAGCAGGCGAUUUCGACUAUUCGUUUGUGUUUAUUAGAAGAUGUGAUGCUUCAGGUGGAGGAUCUCACAACCUGUAAGGAGAUCUGGGAGAAACUGGAGAAUCUGUAUAUGUCGAAGUCGCUGUCGAGCAAGCUAUAUCUGAAGCAGAGUCUGUAUGGGCUGAAGAUGUCAGAAGGAUCGGAUCUGAUGCAGCAUGUACACGGUUUCAAUCAGAUAGUCGGUGACUUGGCUCGUGUGUGCGUGAAGGUUGAGGACGAAGAUAAAGCCAUGAUCUUGUUGUGUUCAUUGCCUCCUUCGUAUGAGACUCUACUAACAGCACUUACGUGCAACAAGGAGACGAUAUCCUGGGAGACGGUGGCUGUUUCGCUCCAAUCUCAUUAUGAGCGAAAACAGAAGACGGGAGCAGAAGGUUCUCAUGGUGAUGGAUUGUUUGCGAACAAUCAGGAGAGAGGAAGGCAGAUGAACAAACAAGAUGGAGGUGGUGGUGCUAGGUCAAAGUCGAAGAACCGAGCAAAGACCAUCUGUUUUGGCUACGGUGGCAAAGGUCACUGGAGGCGUGAUUGUCUAAACAAGGGCAAGAACAAAGGGAAGACUGCGAUCAUGAUAGUGAUUCAGGGGAUAGCGAUUUGCUCGCUGUCAUGCGGUCAUCAUGCAGGUCAUCCAGACUCCCACCGUCUCUGUUUUAAUCGCCAACGGAGUCGGAUGAGGAUCUGGUCUCUGGGUCGAUUUUUGUGGUUUCGUAGAGAAGGGUUCGAGGGAGAAGAGAGAAAGAAUCUGGGAACGCAAGAGGUUGUUUCUCAAGUUCCAUUAACAACAAGCGAUGAGUUUAAGGCGCCAGUAUCGGCUGUGAAGCAAGCGUUUCCUUCAUGGACAAAUAAAUACACUGAUUACUACUCGGCAGCGCGUUAUGCUGAAGUUUCAAGAGCUUAUACACAAAAAUAUGUGCAAAUGUUUCCCGUUGUUGUGACAUGUGGUAAUACCUUUGUUCUGAAGCCAUCAGAGAAGGAUCCUG